AUGGAGAAUAUGAAUACAUCUUUUGAUGAUAUUGAAUUUGAUGAACAACAUGGAAAUGUUGCAGAAGAUUUAAAUGAAAACCAUGUUCAACCUAACUCAACCCGUCCAUCAGUUGGAAUGGUUUUUGAAAGUGUUAAUCAAGCCAAGUCAUUUUAUAGACAAUAUGCAAUAUCAAAGGGUUUUGGAAUUCGAACAAGGAGUUCAAGGAAGAACAACAGAAACGAAUUAUGUUACUUCAUGAUGGUGUGUUCUAGGGCUGGAAAAUAUGUCGCAUCCAAUCAGAAUGAAAUGAUUGGAGGUCCAACACUGGCUAAUGAUUGUGCAGCUCGAAUGAUUGUUUCAAAAAGAGAUGAGAAGUGGUACAUUUCAACUUUUGAUGAUGUACAUACUCAUGAUCUUAGUCGAACAAAGUCAAGAUUGUUCUGA